GGCAUAGAGGUGGACCCCCACACAGCCCUGGCCCUACCCCCAGACUCCAAACAGGCCAAGGAGGAGGACCCCCUGUUCCUAGCCUCAGACGAGAUGACAAUCAGGAUAGGUAGAGCAGGACCGCUCUCAGGCAAGCCUCCCUUCAUAUACCCACAUCAUCAUCAGCAACUUCCCCAUCUACUGUAUUUCUCAAACAAACUAUGGCAGGGGCUCAACUGAAAAACCACUCAAAACCACCCAU